AUGUCUAAUCGGAUCAUCACCGGCCGGCCAUUAAGUCGAUCAGAACAAAGUUGGUGCAAAGCAGUUUCAUGUGGAACAGGCACAACAAUUCUAUCAUUACUAGUAUCAAAACCACCAAACUUAUCUCAUCUCCAUAAUGCCCUUCAAAAACUCCAAAAUUCCCAUCCUAUCCUCUCCUCCAAAAUCACCUACUCCACCGCCGCCGCCGCAUUCUCUCUCAUAAUACCAUCUACAAUACCACUACCUCCCUUCAAACUAAACUCAUUCUCUCCCCCAUCUCCCAAAGACGACGUCGUUUCCCUCUCCCAUCUCCACAUAAUCCUCGAACAUGAAAUGAAUAUCAACCCAUGGUCAAUUCCAAACCUCUCUUCUUCUUCAGGUGUUCCUGUUUUCUUUGGAAGUGUUUAUGAGCUGCCGGAAGAGAAGUGGGUGGUGGUUUUCCGGCUUCAUACGGUUGUUUGUGAUCGGACGACGGCGGUGGGGGUUUUGAGGGAGUUAAAGGAGUUGAUGAAGGAGAUUGAAGAGAAAAAUGGAGGGGUAGAAAUGGGAAAUAGUUGUUUUGGAAAGGUUAGUUUGGGAAUUGAAGAUUUGUUUCCUGUUGGUAAAGGGAAGAAAGGUAUAUGGGCUCAUGGGAUUGAUAUAUUAGGCUAUUCUGUUAAUUCACUUAGAUUUAGUAAUUUAAAGUUUAAGGAGGUUUCUGGGCCAAGAUGUUCUCAAAUGGUGAGGUUACAACUCAGCAUACAACAAACUUCGCAAAUACUCAUGGAUUGCAAGUUGAGAGGAAUAAAGCUACAUGGAGCUUUAUCAGCUGCUGGAGUGAUGGCAGCACAUUCCGAUCAGCGAAACUCCGGCGAUUCACUUGGUUAUAAGCGACAUAUCGUUAGUAAUAAAUACGCUAUUGUAACACUCACCGAUUGUCGGUCCCAACUUGAACCACCCCUUUCAAGUCACAAUUUUGGAUCUUAUCAUUCCGCUAUUCUAAGUAUGCAUGUUGUGAAACGAGGAGAAACCGUGUGGGACUUGGCAGAAAGGAUCUACACAUCGUUUACGAAUUCGAAACUCUCCAACAAGCACUUUACAGAUAUGUCCGACCUCAACUUUCUUAUGUGUAAGGCCAUGGAAAAUCCUAGCCUGACACCACAUUCGUCUUUGAGGACAUCGUUGAUGUGUGUUUUCGAGGAGACUGUGGAGGACGAUUUGCAAAGCCAAUUCGGAUUAGAAGAUUAUAUGGGAUGUGCUUCGACUCAUGGAGUCGGGCCAUCAAUUGCUGUAUUUGACACUAUAAGAGGCGGGAUGUUGGAUAUUAUGUUUGUUUAUCCGUCGCCUCUACAUUCGAGGGAACAAAUGGGAAUGAUGGUGGAGGAAAUGAAGAGGAUUCUUUUGGAGGAUAGAACUUAG